CAUGAACUGUACGGAGGUUUCCAGGGAUAAACCAACGAUUGAAUCCUUUCACUGCCUGCGCAGAGGGAGGUCAUCAUGCAAAAGCUGCUCGAUUGAUAAGGGAUCGUCGAGCUCCUCCAAUCCUAGAAUCCAGGAUAAUUUAGAGACUUGAAACUAACUUUCCCGGCUUCGCGUGUUUCCGUGAUCUACAGAGAGAAUGUUUCCCGCUCUGAUCAUCUUCAACAUGGUAGGUAUAGGCACUAACCACAUUUCCUUGGUUUCCUCUGUUGUCAAUUGCGGUACAUCGUAUAUGAACCCUUCCUGCUGCAAUGCGUUCAGGACUUCAGAUCUCGGGUCAUAUUGCUUUUUGAGUCUUUGCUAUGGCAAUCAAUGAUGCUUCUACUAUGACAAUGUUCCCCUCUUUCUCGAGCUUGCAGAGUUAUAGUAUCAGCAGCUUCCCAAUUGCAAUCACUUUGAUUCUAUGCGUUGCGUUGAUGAUACUUUUUGGUAGGUAUGGUCGUAAGGAUGAGGAGUGCACGACUGGGACUGAACCUCCCGAGGUCAAGUCAAGGAUUCCACUAUUUGGACAUUUAAUUGGUAUGCUGAAGGGGCAAGUUGGAUAUUUUCAGACCCUAAGGUAUGGACAUUGGAAUGCUGUCAUCAAGUCUGCCGUUGUACUCCUUGAUUUUGAUAUGAAGCGAUCCACCCCCUACGAGCCUUCACUUACAAUCUCCACUACAGUUUCAAAUAUCCUCUUUAUCCAGUAUUUACGCUUAAAAUAUUUGCCGCACGUGUUUAUGUUGUCUGCGAACCUUCUCUAAUUCAGGCUGCAUAUCGAAAUACGAAGGCCUUUGAUUUUACCACAUUCGUCGUUGAUUCUUCGAAACGUGCAUUCAAUAUCGGUGAAAAUGGGAUGAAAAUAAUUCGCGGGGAAACUUCGCCGGAUUAUGAUCCCAAAGGGCUGCCUUUAAAUGGGAAUAACGGGAGGUCGUACCUGAACGAGAAUCAUGGAUUGAUGGUAGAAUAUCUAGGACCUGGUGAGAGCCUACUAGAAUUGAACAAAGGAGUUUUAGGUGCCGUUGCCGAAUUUUUGAACGAGCUUGGUCAGAAUCCUGGUAAAUUAAGCCUCUAUAAAUGGAUGAGAGAUACUCUCACAUUAGCUACUUCUGCAUCUCUCUAUGGACCUCACGAUCCCGUGAGUGCCAAUCACAGGCUCAUAGAUUCUCUCUGGUUAGCAAUUAUAUCUCCGCACAUGGUUUCCAAUAGUCCGGACUGAAAUCCUACAACGAGUUGGUUUGACAUACUGCGUUCUCGUGUGUUGAUUCAUUCCAUAUAUUCUACUCAUUUUUACUCUCAAUCCACUGGGAAUAAUGAAUGUAUGUCGAGUAUCAUUCUCAAAUCUACUAGUCCGGGCUAUUGGACACCUGCCCCAGACUUGAAGAUUAGUGCUAAUCUGAUCAGGGAUUUCGAGGAGAAUAUGACGAUGCUUAUGCUUGAGUUUCUUCCUACUUUUAUUUGCCCUGAAGCUUAUCACGGACGCGCAGCCGUCAAAACUGCCUUUGCAUCAUAUUAUGCUUCCUCUCAUCAUACCAUUGCCAGUAACCUCAUCAAGUCUCGACUAGAUUGCUCCCAAAAGUGGGGCCUUACAGCUGAGGAAAUCGCGAAUAUCGAAAUAUCCACUCUUUUCCUUGCGACAACCAAUUCAGCGCCAACAUCUUUCUGGCUACUUGUGAACAUACUUUCGGAUCCGUCUUUGGUUUCUUCCAUUCGAACUGAAGUAUCCAAUAUUAUAUCAAAACAGACAGCGGAUAAUGGAAUAGAAGAAUGUGUCAUGGAUAUUACACUAUUUCAAUCCAGCUGUCCUAUAUUGAUGUCCUGCUUUCGAGAGACACUUCGUUUUGUUGAUGCAGCAACCUCUGUUCGAUCUGUUACCAAGGAUGUCCUUCUCACAUCGUCAACCUCUCAAUCUUCGUUUUUACUCAAGGCUGGCAACGUCAUACAACUUCCUUCUGGCGUCACCCACAACUCGCCAUCAAUCUGGGGACCAAAUGUUGAUUCAUUCGAUCCAUAUCGCUUCCUACCAAGUACUAUCGCAAAGCUAAGCAAGGAGCAGAAGAAACAGCAAGCACAGGGAUAUUUCCCUUUUGGAGGCGGCAAACAUCUAUGUCCAGGAAGACAUUUUGCCACAACUGAAAUUCUUUCGCUUGUCUCCGCUAUUAUCAUGGGAUGUGAAGUUGAGGGCGCCAGUGUGCCAGAGAGAGCUUUUCAAAAGUUAGGUACAGCGGUUAGGAAACCAAAGAAUGAUGUUGAAGUCAGUAUCAAGAGGAGAGAAGGUUGGGAAAAUGUCAAAUGGAGAUUCGAUGUACAGGGUAAAGUUGAUUUUGAGGCUUUGGUAGGCGAGAAAAAUGAUGGUUGAUCUAAUGCAUGUUUUGAGUUGGAAGGUUUCCUUGCUAUGUAUAGAGGUAUCUCAUCGAUUUGAGCAAGGUUGAUAACAGCCAUCGUCUGCGCGAUAUUCUGGACUAUAAUCCGACAAGUCCGUCUGGCAAUUAGAUCCAUUUCAUAAAUGGAAUAUUUGAAAUGUCUGGUAUAUUCAAAUCAUAAGGUUAAUCCAUAGAUUUUUGAACUUUGAUGUGUUUCUAUCUUACGGGGCUCGAGAUCAAUGGUCAAGAUAUUUAUCACUCAAGGGAAUGGUUUUGCUUGCCUGACCG